GUGCUCCCGGUGUGGAAGUUGUUGGCCUUACAGGUGCUGCCGGAACGGGUGUUGAACGCUAUUGGCCUGAAGUCUAUUUUUAAUGAGAAAACUAUCGAUAAUAUAUGCCAUAAUUUGAAGGGUGUGUUGAAAGCGAGGGAACAUUUGGUGGACAAUAGUACUGAUUUUUUGGGAGUUUUUAUGCGAUCAAAACUCGGUCCAAACGAACCCCAGCCUAAUGAUGAUAUUGACGGAGAAUAUAGUCUCGAAAUGAAAGAGAAAACGUUUGACAACAAUAUGUCGGACAACAAGAAGUUGACUGAAGAGGAGAUUCUCGCGCAGGGAUUCUUCAUAUACUUCACGGCUUUCGACCAAAUCUCAAAUGUCCUGUCAUUCUGUGUCUAUGAAUUGGCACUCAAUCCGGACGUUCAGCACCGGCUCUACGAAGAGAUUGUGGCCGCUGUGGACGCGGACGGGGAGAUCGGUUACGACGAGUUGUGUCGACUGCCACUACUGGACGCUGUGAUCAGCGAAACCCAACGCCUUCACGGCGGACCCGUUAAGUACCGGCGAAUACCGGGCCGUGAGUUCCCUUUGGGCGACACCGGGAUUGUGGUGCCGAAGGGACAGCCGAUUGAGAUACUAGUCUACGCCAUCCAUCACUCGGAAGAGUACUUCCCGAACGCCCAUCAGUUCAUUCCCGACCGCUUUUUGCCCAAAAAUCGUCACAAUAUAAAGCCGUAUACAUUCAUGCCGUUCAGCGCCGGACCCCGUGUUUGUGUGGGAAUGGCGUUCGCCUUAAUGGAGCUGAAGCUGGCAUUAGUUCACGUUUUGCGCCGCUUCCGGUUCGCCGUCCAUAAGGACACAAAAGUGCCGCCAAUUAUCAAAACACAUCCCGUUAUGAAAGCCCCAAAAACUAUGUAUCUGUCGGUUGAGGCAAGAGAUUAAAUUCAAAUGUUAUUCUGUUAAACAAUAUUCUGUUCUGUAUUUCGAU